UAGUGUAACUGUAACCACCUCCAAUGGCAGCCUUUAUCUCCUGCCACUCCAAAUUCUUAGGACCCAGCAUACCCUUUAACGUCGGCACUCGCUUCCCUGUUUCCCGCAACUACUCUUCCCCAGCUUCUAUUCAAUGUCGGUUCCAGAACAACAAACAGCAGAAAGGGAGUUCAUUUUCGAUAAAGGAGUGUGCGAUUUCAAUAGCUUUGACGGUGGGGCUAAUAACUGGAGUUCCUGCAUUGGAAUCAUAUGCAGCUACCCCAGUGAUGCCUGAUCUGGCUGUACUGAUCUCCGGGCCCCCAAUAAAGGACCCUGGGGCAUUGUUGAGAUAUGCACUGCCUAUUGAUAACAAGGCUAUCAGGGAGGUUCAAAAGCCGCUUGAAGAUGUCACAGAGAGUCUCAAGAUAGCUGGAACCAAGGCAAUAGAUUCAACUGAGAGGAAUUUGAGGCAGGCGUCUCGAGCACUGAAGCAGGGGAAGGCUUUAAUUGUGUCUGGAUUAGCUGAAUCAAAGAAGGAUCAUGGUGCUGAAUUGCUUGGCAAGCUGGAAGUUGCAAUGGAUGAGCUCCAACAGAUUGUGGAGGAUAAAAAUAGAGAUGGAAUUGCUAAGAAACAGAAAGAACUUCUACUCUACGUCAGCGGUGUUGAAGAGGACAUGGUGGAUGGAUUCCCUUAUGAGAUUCCUGAAGAAUACCAGAGCAUGCCUUUAUUGAAGGGGAGAGCAACAGUGGAUAUGAAAGUCAAGGUUAAGGAUAAUCCCAACCUUGCUGACUGUGUCUUUCGUAUUGUCCUUGAUGGUUACAAUGCUCCUGUAACGUCUGGGAACUUUGUCGACUUGGUGGAAAGACACUUUUAUGAUGGCAUGGAAAUCCAAAGAGCGGAUGGAUUUGUUGUUCAGACUGGUGAUCCUGAAGGACCUGCAGAGGGUUUCAUUGACCCAAGUACCGAGAAAACCAGGACGAUACCUUUAGAAAUUUCUGUGGUUGGAGAGAAAGCACCCGUUUAUGGAGCAACUUUGGAAGAACUCGGGUUAUACAAGGCUCAGACGAAGCUUCCAUUUAAUGCAUUUGGAACAAUGGCAAUGGCCAGAGAUGAAUUUGAGAACAAUUCUGCUUCGAGCCAGAUAUUUUGGUUACUAAAGGAAAGUGAACUAACUCCCAGUAACGCCAAUAUCUUGGAUGGUAGAUAUGCAGUUUUUGGGUACAUUAUAGAUAAUGAAGACUUUUUGGCAGAUCUCAAGGUUGGUGAUGUUAUUGAGUCUAUCCAAGUUGUUUCUGGCCUGGAAAAUCUAGUGAAUCCAAGCUACAAGAUUGCUAACUAGACAAAAGCCUAUAUCUACUUUGGUGAUGUACCUCACACGGGUUUGUAAGGCCAUUUUCAACAAAUUUCUUCGAGGCUUCAUUCUGGUAAUGUCUACCAUUUGUAAGUUAUUACAAGGCAACCAUUUGCAAGUCUGUCUCUAGAGAAUUGUUUAAUUUUGAGUGUAUUUAUCAACGGAAAUUAGAUCCAGGUUA